AUGGGAAGCGUAGCGACGGAGAAUGGAGCGGCGGGUGCGGGAGAGGAACAGAUGGAUGCGGUGCAGCAGCGACUCAUGUUCGACGACGAGUGCAUUCUCGUAGAUGAAAACGACAAGGUGGUGGGUCACGCCAAUAAGUACACCUGCCACAUUAUGGAGAACAUCAAUAAAGGGACCGCACGCCACCGUGCCUUCAGCGUCUUCCUUUUCGACUCCAAGCACCGCCUGCUGCUCCAGCAACGUGCAGCGUGCAAGGUGACGUUCCCCCUGGUGUGGACCAACACGUGCUGCAGCCACCCACUGUACCGCCCGGAGGAGAUGGAGGAGGAAAACUCGCAGGGAGUGCGCGUAGCGGCGCGGCGCAAGCUGGAGGACGAGCUGGGAAUCGACCCAGAUACUGUGGAUGUGUCGGCCUUCACGUGCCUUGGCCGCAUGCACUACAAGGCUCCUUCUGACGGGAAAUGGGGCGAGCAUGAGAUUGACUACCUCCUAGUACUCAAGGCUGACUUGAAGGCCACUCCAAACCCUAACGAGGUGGCUGCUGUAAGAUUCGUGGAUCGAGAGGAGUUGAAGGAGCUGGUGCGCAAGGCUGACAAAAAGGAGGAUGGAGUGGUGCUGUCGCCAUGGUUCCGUCUUGUAGUGGACCGGUUCCUCCCUGCCUGGUGGGACCAUCUAGAUGCAGGCACGCUCACAGAGGUGGACUAUUCCGACGGCAAGGAACUGGUGGUGUUCCUCAUAGAUGCAGGGCCGGAUAUGUUCCUGCCUUACCACGACGACGAGGAAGAGGUUGAGGCAGGAGCUAGCUUAGGUACUCAAACCAGUGCGGCCAGCUUAGAGAGGCAGAGAGGAGGGGAGGAGGGCACGGGAGGUGCCGGCGAGAGGACGUAUUUCGAGGAGGUGUUGCGAGCGCUGGUGGGUGACCUAAAGACAAGAAUUAUUUCCCGGGAGAGCGACCUCGUCUCGAUUGCUUUCUUCAACACGCGCACGAAGCAAAAUGUACAAUCGGCAGAGGGCGUGUUUGUGUUUCAGGACAACCAGCAGACGUCAGCACAGCUCAUCAGAGACUUUUCAAACCUUCCAGAGACGUUUGAGAAAGAUAUUGGGUCGGGAAACUGGUUGAGGGGGAAGGUGAAGCCCCACGACAACCCAAUCUCAAAUGCCCUGUGGGUCGUGCAAGGGCUUCUGCGCACUGGAUCCACGUCACAGGAGGUGCUGAAGAACGUGCUUCUCUUCACCAAUGACGAUGACCCCUUUGGAGCCAUCUCCAACGAGGGAGUGCGGAGCGACAUGCGGCGCACCACCAUACAGAAGGCCAAGGAUGCACGGGCACUGGGCAUUCAGAUUGACCUCUUUCCGCUCAGCCGCCCGGGGGAGAAGUUCAACUCCAACAUCUUCUUUGCGGACAUGCUAGGUGUUGAUGAUUCACAGCGAGUGGGCUUCCAACCAGAGGAGCACAGGCUGAGCGAUCUGCAGCAGCGGCUGCGCAAGAAGGUGUAUCGGCGGCGAAUGGUGAAGCGAAUCAUGUUCGCCGUGCUGCCUCACCUCCACAUCGCCCUCUCCUCCUACGCUCUCAUCCGCCCUGCCAAGAUCCAAAAGCAAGUGUAUGUGAGGGCGGUGGACAAUCGCACUGUGAAGGUGGAGACAGCCCUGGUGUGUCAGGACACGGGGGCAGUUCUCCACGGCCCGCUGCCACGUUACCUGCCCAUUCCAGGCGGCACGCGCAUCAUCAUGGCAAAGGCGGAGGUGGACCAGGUGAAGGCGGUGUCCCCCCACGACCUGCUGUUGCUGGGCUUUAAGCCGCUCCACUGCCUCAAAGACUACCACAACCUGCAGCCGCCCACCUUCCUCUUCCCAGACGAGGAGACCCUCUCUGGCAGCACGGCUGCAUUCAUUGCCCUGCACAACGCAAUGCUGGACGCAAACAGCUUUGCACUGGCAUGUUGGGCCAAGAUCGGCUUGCCACGUCUUGUCGCCAUUGUUCCCCAGCAAGAGAAGGUGGACGAGAGUGGCACGGAGGUGCAGCCGGCAGGGUGGCACAUGAUUCCUCUGCCCUUUUAUGAUGACCUCCGACCAGCCGAGAAGGUGAGAGCAGCUGAGCAGGUGACUUCUGAGAGGGAAUGCUCCUUUCUUGUGCUAUCUGCAGCAGACAUCUCCAUGCCCCCAUCUCCAUGCCCCCAUCUCUAUGCCUUUAUCUCCAUGCCCAUCUCCAUGCCCAUCUCCAUGCUCAUCUCCAUGCCCAUCUCCAUGCCCAUCUCCAUGCUCAUCUCCAUGCCCAUCUCCAUGCUCAUCUCCAUGCCCAUCUCCAUGCUCAUCUCCAUGCCCAUCUCCAUGCCCAUCUCCCCACUCCUCCCUCCGCCACUCCGUCACCAGGGUGCAAAGGGCGCUGGGGGGGAAGGGGAGCAGGAGGGCAGUGGAGGGGAGGUGGUAUCUGCACCGAGGGCGGAUGCAGAGCAGGUGGCAACUGCCACAACGCUCAUGCGCUACAUGCACCUCAAGGACUUCAGCCCACUCAACAUCCUCAACCCUGGUGGGUCUGCGUAUUUGCAUGCACGCAUGGGUGUUAAGAGCAGAGCAGCGCUCAUGCGCUACACGCACCUCAAGGGCUUCACGCCUCUUGACAUCCUCAACCCUGGUGCGUCCGCUUGUUCCCAUGCAUGCAUGCAUGGGCGGGCAGAGCAGAGCAGCCCUCAUGCCCGCACGCACCUCAAGGACUUCACGGCUCUUAACAUUCUCAACCCUGUCAUCCAGACGCACUACUCCAUGCUGGAGGCCAUAGCGCUGGACCUACCCGAGGUGCAGCCUGUGGUGGACACGACCUUGCCGGAUUACAACAUCUUCCUGCCCCCACUCUCCGACACCAACCAGCCUCGAAAAAAAGGGAAAGCUGUUCGUGCAACUGCGGCUUUGAGGCAUUUCAAGGACGCAGUAUACGGCCCGGGGCAUGAUGAGGAGGAGGCGCAAAGAACAGCUACAGCUCGAGCCAAGGCAGAUGCUGCUGAGAAGAAACGCAAGGCCACUUACGAUGCCGCUACCGCCAAGGCCGGUGUUGUGGAUUGGCGGGGUCUCGCUGAGAAAGGGAAGGUGAGUUAA